AUGACCGUGUCAACUUGUGUUUCUGCAGCCAAGAAUGGCAGAAUCUUCAUUGUUGGUGCUACUGGUUUCAUCGGGAGGUUUGUGGCUGAAGCUAGCCUUGAUGCUGGCCAACCCACUUAUGUUCUGGUCCGGCCAGGCCCUCUUGACCCUUCUAAGGCUGACAUCAUCAAAGCCCUCAAAGACAGAGGCGCUAUAAUCUUACACGGGGUGAUUUCUGAUAAGGCACUGAUGGAGAAACUGCUAAGAGAGCAUGAGAUUGAGGUGGUAAUAUCAGCCGUGGGUGGUGGAACAAUAUUGGACCAGAUCACCCUGGUUGAGGCCAGUCAAGCUGUUGGCACAAUUAAGAGGUUUUUGCCGUCAGAGUUUGGGCACGAUGUGGACAGGGCUGAUCCGGUGGAACCAGGGCUCACCAUGUACUUGGAGAAGCGCCAAGUCAGGCGGUGUGUUGAGAAAUCUGGGGUGCCCUACACCUACAUUUGCUGCAAUUCCAUUGCUUCUUGGCCCUACUUCGACAACAAGCAUCCUUCUGAGGUUCUUCCACCGUUGGAUCAGUUCCAAAUCUACGGUGAUGGCAGCGUUAAAGCCUACUUUAUAGACGGCACUGAUAUUGGAAAGUUCACAAUGAAAACGGUGGACGACAUCCGAGCCAUCAACAAAAAUGUUCAUUUUCGACCCCCUUCCAAUAUAUCCGACGUCAAUGGUCUGGCAUCUCUGUGGGAGAAGAAAAUUGGCCGCACCCUUCCCAGAGUUACCAUCACUGAAGAUGACCUACUAAACAUUGCUGCAGAGAACCGCAUACCAGAAAGUAUAGUGGCCUCAUUCACUCACGAUAUCUUUAUCAAAGGUUGCCAGGUCAAUUUCCCCGUGGAGGGCCCUCACGAUGUGGAGAUUGGGGCCCUUUACCCAGGAGAAUCUUUCAGGACCUUGGAUGAGUGCUUUAAUGACUUUCUUCUCAAAUUGGAGGACAGGCUAGAGCUAGAGAAAAACAAAGUUUCCACCAAAACCACUGCAGUUGUUGAACCCAGGGCUGUCACAGCCACGUGUGCUUGA